ACGGAAUCUCAAAAUGGCGUAUACCGUAUAGAGAAACUAAAAAAUAUUGAACCCACCUAACUCAAUGCAAAAAAAAGUAUCCAAAUAGUAUUUCGAAGAUGCCAAUUUCUAACCGUUUCCCCUGUGCUACACGCAAUUUAACAACAAGUGAAGUGCACCUAAUUGAAAAGGUAGCAAAACAAAUUAUUUACCCAACUCGUCGGUCAAUUCUAACUACCGUCGCUACCGUCUUAAUGUCCGCAUAUAAUAAGCCUGCUCGAUAAUUUAUUUCUUUUAAACAUCAUUGAUGAAACAAUGACACAUAUUAGCUAAAGACGAUAUGAAAAUUCGAUUUAUUUUUUAUUAUUAAUUUUUAUGAAUUUUAAACAUUUCUUGUUUUAAGUCUAAGUAGUACCGUACUACUUAAUUAUUAAUUAUAAUAGUUAAUAGUAUUAGUAUAGUAAAUAGUAAUAGUAAUAGUCUACCAAAUCUCUACCUUAGCAACACACUGAACAAUUCGAUUUCGAUUACUUUGACUGAGUUUGUUGGAGUUUUUUUAAAAAUGAUAAAGCUGACAAUCAUAAAUAGAUUGUAAUGAAUGAACAACCAUACUUUGGUGUGCUCGGUGACUUAAAAGCCGAAAAAUCACAAUCACACAACUAUUUUCCUUUUACUUUGAAACUGAAAUCAGCUGUGGGCUAAAUUAACUACUAUAAAAAUGUAUUAAUCUCAGACAGAAAAUUACUUUAACUUUAAAGAAUCUUAUAAUUUAUGCCUACCCUAAUUUUCAGCCUACCUAUAAAAUAUACACCUGUUGAAUUGUCAUUUAGCUCAUUUUUACUAGCCUAGCCUAACCUUAGUUAUUACUUAUUUUUAACAAAAUAUUUGUAUACCUGCAUUGUAUAGAAAAAGAUAGCCCAAUAUUUAAUAAACUAUUACAAUUACCAAGUUAAAAAAAUUACAGCUGUUUUCAUAACUUGAAUAUUUUAUUUUUAAUUACUCUGUUGUCAAGUACCAUAAGAUAUUUAAAUUAUUUAUAAUCUAUAAACUAAAAUGCAACUCUAGGUAUUUAUUACCAGUUGAAAAUGAUGACUGUUAAAAAAAUAAAUCCUUCCUUAAUAUAGGGGAAAAUGUGUGAAGAAUCUAGAAAAGGACCCAGCUGCAUAUUCUUAAAAGGCAAAAGAUUGUAUUUCUUGAUAUCAGUUAAAUGUAUUAGUAUAUUAGUGUUUUGAAAAAAAACAACAAAAAAAACUUUUAAAUAAAGGGGACAUAAUUGCAUAUUUUGGAAAUUCAACCAGGUUUCACACCAAAGACUCUAUCUCUCUCUUAGUUCCUGACAUAAGAUGGGAAUUAUGUAGUAAAUGACACAGAAACUAUACCAGUCAACAACAGUGGAGUAGUUAAAAUUCGUGAUGCUCAUGGCUGGCUUUGAAAAAAAAAAAUCACAAAACAUACAGAUACACAUAAGAUGUUAGCCAUAUAUUAUAAAGUAUAUGAUGAAGUUAACUAAAACAGAAAAUGCCACCAAAUUUUGCCUCAUCUUGUGUCAGUGCUUGUCAAUCACCAAUUAUACAAAUUUCUAUGCCCCAUCAGUUCUGAAUUCAGUUUUUUAAAACAGUUAAACCCAAAAAUCCGCACAUACAGAAUAAACCUUAUUGAUGAAAUAUUAAGAAUGCUUUUUCUGUUGAUUAUCACACUUAUUAAUAUGAUGUGACAUUGCAUAAAUCACUAGGUUAUGUCAGGAAAAGGGCUAAAAGAAGAUAUUUUCAGAACAUUUCAACUAUAAAUAGACUUAAAAAAUUUUUCUUUUACAUUUUUAUAAAUAUUAAUUAUUUGAAGAAUGAUUUUUUUUAAAUAUAUAUAUUUGUAUUUAUGAUUUUUUAAAAGGCCUUUCACAGUGCAGAUGAAGACAAAAAAGGAUUUUUGUUACAGAAUGAUUUAAAAUUUGCUGUUAUGAUCUUAUUUGGGCACAAGUUAUGUAAGGUUUGUACUUUUUUAAUUAUAUUUUAAAAAACUAUUACUCAUACUAAAACCAUAAGUCUAUCAUUGCUAAAGCAUAUGAUUAAAGCAGUUACAUCUGGAGAAAAAAUGGCAAAUAAUACAAAAGCUAAUAGAUAUAUUAAGAUAAAUAAACAUUUUCCAAUGUAGAGUAAGGUUUCUGUACAAAUUUUACGGAUUUUGGAAAGGAGCAGAUUUUUUACUUACAUGAAUUAUAUUAUUUUGAUUCAAUAUCAAUCGUGAUUGUCAAAUUUUUCAAUGAACAAAAUUCUUUUGAAAAUAUAAAUAACCAAAGCAGAGAUGGAGCUCUAAUAAUAAUUACAGAAGUAGCGCUAUGAGAAAAAAAAUUACCACCGAAAAACCCAUUCUGUAUUCCUAUGAAAUUGUUAGUGUGAGUAGUUGGAUAGAGGAUUUAAAAUAAAAAAUUAAUUCAUGCCUUUCACACAGAUUUUACUAAGUUCAAAGGAAAAACUAAGAAUUUAAAUAGAAAAAUCUCAGGUCCCAAGUUACAAGGAAUAAUUAUGGGGGGGGGGGGGAGAGAAGACUCAACAUUGAUAAAAAAUUUUUUUAUAUAUAUCCAAUGUCAAAAUAUCAAAAAAACGUUUUUUUUAAAAUUACAUAAUUAAAUAAAAAUAAGAAUUUAAAUAGAAAAUCUCAGGUCCCAAGUUACAAGGAAUAAUUAUGGGGGGGGGGGGGAGAGAAGACUCAACAUUGAUAAAAAAUUUUUUUAUAUAUAUCCAAUGUCAAAAUAUCAUAAAUACGUUUUUUUUAAAAUUACCUAAUUCAAAUGAUUAGCAAUUUUCACAUAUUCCUCUGAUUUUUACUGAAGCUGAUAUUCCUGUUCUGAAAAUUUCUGUUGAAAUGAAUAAUUCAUUUAUGUCAAUACAGAGUGAAGCAUUGCAAAUUCUGGAAACAUAUGGCACAGAUCAUAAGCCUUGGACAAAAGGUAGGUUGAUUCCUUAUAAAUAAGUAAGAACUUUUAAAGCACCAUUAACUACCUUUUUUGUGUUAAUUGUGCCUGAUAAAUAGCUCUAGUUUUUUAACAUUCAUUAACUAAUUAAAAUGUAAUAAAAUUAAUAUGGCUAUUAAAACAUGUAGUGGGUAGCUUUAUUUUAAUUUCAAGAAUCAAAAUAAUAUAAAAAUGUUUAAAGGGGAGAUAGUUUUUUUUUGUUUUUUCUUAAAUUGUAAAAAAACCCAUGAUUACUUCUACGGUACAUAUCUUUUUUAAAGCCAAAUCGAUGAAGGACUAAAAAGAACUAAUUUAUGUCCAGAAAGCAGUUCUGCCAUUGAUCAAGUGUUAAAGUUAAUAAAACGAUAUGAGUUGCUGUAACUUUUGUUUUACAUUUAAAGUUUUUAAUCAGGUUUAACCUUGCCUCAGUUUAUGGAAGCUAUGCUACCCAAGUUUGCAGCAGCAGAUGAAGAUGAGGAAAUAAGGCACACUUUCAAAGCCUUUGAUAGAAAUUGUAAGUUAUUAUUUUAGUGUUAUUUAAGUUAUUAGGACAAAUGAAGAAGAACAAAAAAAAAUAACAUCCUUAAAGUAAGGAAUUUGUGCUCAACCAUAAGACUGUAAUGGCCCUUUCUGUUGUGUCAUAGCCAAUGUAAUCUGUCUCUAGCAAAGUCAUCACUAAAAACGUUAUUUAUUAAAUGUAAUGUAAUAUACAUUGUAGUAGGGCAAAUCUCGCUAUAGAAAAGAUUUUGCUUCCUAUUUGCGUUUCCGUUUAGGGAGUGAAAUUCGUUAAUUUUGUCUUACUGGCAUUGUCUGGAGAGGGUCCCCCUCCAUAUUGCAAAUCAAUAGAGACUUUCUUUAUUGCAAUUAUUUCAAAUGGAUUAAAAUGAAAGCAAUUAUUUCAGAACUAUUCCAAGCGAUAGUAAUGACAGUAUUACCUCUAGCGGUGAUUGCGACAUAAGUCAGAUAUUGAUUAUUUCAGUCAUAAGCUUAGUCUAUUGUUACAAAUGCGUUUGAGAAAGGGUGGAAAUUGAACAGAAAAAGAUUAGAUCCCAAACACCUACCCUAAAGAGAUUUAAAAGGAAUUUUUUUGUUUUGCCCCUUGUAUUGUAUUUUGUAUGACAGAAAUUUUAUAGUAACCCGGUAGUGAAUGAAAGAAAAUCACCAAAAUUACAUUUUUUGAAAUAAGUACCUAUAAAAUUUAUGAAAGGAUAGUUCUUCUAGUAUCUAAAAAACCUGAUGCAGUUAUAGAUAUAAAAAAAAAAAACAAUUUGGGUUGGUUGAAUGCUAGUUGAGUAGAACAAUUUUACUCAGUAUAAAAGGGCACAUAAAGUGAUAUAAAACUAAUCUUGUUCAUACCAUUUGAUUCCUUAUACAAUAUACUUUCAGAAAAUUUGAGUUAUUUGAAUUAAUUAUGUGAAUUUAGACAAGCGUAUCAAAAUGCUUUGAAGAAUUUUGACAGAUUAUGAGGGGAUUUGUUUCAUUACUAGAAAUAUAUUUUGGCAUCUACAAAUUUCAGGUCGAGGAUUUUUGAGAAUGGAUGAUGUCAAAAGUGCUUUCCAACAAAUUUGUCCUCAUUUUGCAGAGCACAGAGUAGAACUCGCAUUCAAGUGAGUGAUUGUGGCAUAAAUUAUAGAAAAACUAUUGAUACGGAGUUUGUAUUUGAUGUUAUUCGGCAUUUGUAAUAUUAAGUUUGUUUAAUCGUUCCCAUUUAGAUGUGUAUGCACUUUAUACACCAGAACUAAUUUAUAGCAGGGUUUAAAAAGAAAUACAAGUUGCUAGCUUAUGUAGUACUAGUACAGUACAUAGUUUAAAUUUUAACCAUGAAAAUCAAUGAAAGCUAAGUGGUUUUGAAAUGAAGAGAAUUUCCAAUAACUGAUUUUAUGUUAACUAUUGGUUAAAAUUUGACUUUGGGAUGGGUAUUUUUUUCAAGGCAAAGUCAUCAGUGUUUUUAUUUUAUUUUUACUCUUUCAGAGAAAUUGAUCGUGAUGGUGAUGGUAGAAUUAGCUACAAAGACUUUGACUUCAUGAUGAAAUUCAACAAUUAAACAUGAAAUCUAUUUAUUUUUCACCAACACACACACCAGUAUAUCAAUUUGUAAAGUAAUGAAAAGUUACAUUUCUAAAUAAAUUAUGUAUAUAUUUUACAGUCUUAUUACUCUUAUGUUUUAUUAAUAUUCAAAAACACAACAAAACAUGAUUUUUUUUAAUGUAAUAACUAUACAUCACAGAUUAAAGCAAUUUUUUUCCUUCUAAUUUGUGGACAAUAACUGAUCAUAAUUAUACUGAAUGUACAUAAACACAUUUUAUAAAUGUUUUUUGAGGACAUUGAAAGAAAUGUUUUGUAAGUAAAACUAAUCAAGUAAAUUGAAGAUGCUAUCCCUUCGCUUAACAAGAGGGCGAUUUGAUGUGGUUUCAGACAGUUUAGGUUUCUUUGCUGCUUGCUCAAUUUGAGUGGCACUAUGAGCCUUGCGCUUUGGGGGUACUGUAGAAUGAGUCUGCAAAUUUCAUCAAAAGAAAGUUUAAAAUUUAAAUGUUAAUUCUGUAAAUAUAAUAUCAAGUAUUGUUUGUACCAAAACUUAAUCUUACAAGAGUUUCUAGUAACAGUUGUGUUAAUGGAAAUUUAAAACCAAGUUCAGAAUAUUGAAACUUACAUUAUCAUUGACAUCUUCACCAUGUAACUCCUGCUGGUCUACAGAUUGGAAUAUAAAGUUUCUUGAGUUCCUCCCUGUGCCUCCUGCUGAUUUUGUAACUUGGGCAAUUUUAAUCAAAGUGUCAUCUUUUCGAGACAGGAAAGAACCUUUUUUGGGUAACUGAAAUUUUUUAUUAGAGAUUUUUCAAAAUUUGAGAAAGUGAAAAGUGCAACAGAUGAAAUUAUCUAGUUAUAUUUUUAAAACAAUAGUUACAAACCUUAUACUUAACAUGUAUAAAAAAAUUAAAAGAUUUAUAGAACGAAAUAAACAUUAAAAUUGCAAGUAAAGAAAUAAUUUUGAUUAAUUUCUUGAUCACCUAGUUGAAAAAAACAACAACAAAGAACUGUUACCUUAAAUUUAGGAGACUCUGGUGGCAACAUUUUAUCUUUUGCAGUGGGCAAUGAUUCUCUUGAAGUAGUGCUUGACUCUAGACCCAAAGUAAUCAGGAAAAAACUUAUUAAGGGGCUUCUAAAAUUCUUUAAAGAAAAAAAAAUUCAGCCAGUCUAUUAAAUUAAGGGAAAGAAAAGUUGUACUUAAAAUAUAUAUAAUAUGGUGAAAAACGUUGAUCAUUCAUAUAGCUAGAAGAAAAUUAUUUUUUUUCAGUCACAUUAACUGACCUACCUCUUUUCUUCAAAUAAACAGAGCCCAGUUUGAGAAGCUGGCUAUUUUCUUCACUUUGCUCU